GUUGUGAUAAACUUAUUAAAUAGAUUAAAUGGUCAGUAGUAAAUUGACAUAAUUCCCGACUAAAGAGUUGAAAACUAAAGAACAAAUACAUGUAAGUUGUAGAAAGUGGGGGUUGCAGACAUGGCCGACAAUCAGGGUGACUUCCUCUCCGAGGAAAACUUGUGUGGCCAAACUAUCCUCAAGUUGGUGUCCCGGGGGAAUGCGAUCAUAGCUGAGAUACUGAGACUGUCCGACUUCAUCCCCCCAGUUUUUAAUGGCCAGGGGGACCAUGAGAAAUACGCACCCCUCCUUAUGGACUUCCACUAUUUCACAAUAUCAGAGAGCUUUGAGAAGAGUUACAGUGGGAACGGGAAGCUGGUGGAUCUGAACGAGGAGUUCCGAGACAACCACAAACUCAUCAUAGAGAGGUUCUACCUGGUGUUCGAGAGUGUGUACAAGUACGUGGACGACCUGAACAAGUAUGUCACCCAGCUGUCAGAGGGCUCCUUUGUGCAGGAGACGGCGGACAGUGUGAUCAAGACUAUAGAGGGCAAACAGUUGCUGGCAGAGGCAGUCUACAUCUACGGAGUGAUGCUACUGCUCUUGGACAUCAAGGUACCCGGAGACGUGAGGGAGAAGAUGCUCGUGUUCUACUACCGCAAUGGAGGCACACACGUGUCCACAGACUCGCACAUAGACGAAGUGUGCAAACUACUGGCCUCCACCGGCUACAUCCACUCCUCCUCUGUGGACAAGCAGAGUGUGCGGCCACAGGACUACCCGGAGAGUUUGUUCAGAAGGGUCCCUCUCAACGACUACUUCCUCCAGAUUGUAUGUGGCAGGAUGGAGUCGGAUGACUUGUACAAUCUCAUCUCCUUCUACCCAAACCCCACACACAGGAGUCAUGCAUUGUCUGGACAGGCCUCUAUGAUCUACGUGAUGUUGUACUUUGUGCCUGAGUUGCUGCACUCGGACAGUGCCAAGAUGAGGGGAAUAGUGGACAAGUUCUUCCCAGACAACUGGAUCAUCAACCUCUACAUGACCAUCCCAGUCAAUCUGGCAGAGGCGUGGGAGCCAUACAAAGCAGCUCGUCUAGCUUUGGCACAGAGUCUCAUGCUGGAGAACGUGAAGCGGCUGUCGCUGAAGAUGCACAAGAAGAUGGGCGAGUGUGGGGUGAGUGUGAACAACUUCCUGAAGGAGGGGGUGCUGACUGUGAACUACCUGUUGGACAACAGAGACAAACUGCUCAACUGUAUCCGGGAGUCAAACACCACACUCAAGUGGAUGCUGCUGCACAACAGCAAGAUGGCACAGGCAACCAACCGAAUGAAGCAGUACAAGACAGUGCAGGAGACCAUCUCCACCCACUCACACUUCACACACGAGGCUGUGCUAGAACUCCUCAUGAACAGUGCCCAGCUGGAACUCAAGGUGAAGCGAAUGUUCAAGCAGUUGUUGGCGGAGAAGAUUAGUCACUGGACUAGACUGAGGAGUGAGUGUGAGGGGAGGAUGGACGAGUUGAGUGACGUGUUCAGUGGGGUGAAGCCACUCACCAGAGUAGACAAGAACGAACACCUCACUGGAUGGUUCAAACAGGUGAAGUCGCAGAUAGCAGCUCUGAAUCACGAGGAGUGGGUGGCUGCAGGCAGGAACAUCCAGCAGCUCAGCCAGGCUCUGGAGGAGGUGCAGGAGUUCCACCAGUUGGAGUCCAACCUAUACGUCAAACAGUUCCUCAAUGACACCAGGCAGCAGUUGGCGCAGAUGUUGCGCAUCAUCAAUGUCAAGCAGGACUAUCUGUCUGCUGUGGAGAGUAUCAUGGACCUCUCCUAUGCGUGGGGCACUCUAAUGCACCAGUACAUCCCCUCCAUGCAGACUCUCAUCAAGAGAGACCCCUCCAGUGUCAUCAAACUCAAGGCCGUCUUCCUCAAGAUGUCCACUGCUCUUCUAGUUCCACUCAUUCGCAUCACACAGGCCAAGAGCUCCGACAGAAUGAGUGUCUCUCAGUACUACAGCAACGAGUUGGUGAUGUUCAUGCGGGCAGUGCUCCAGAUCAUCCCCACCUCCAUGUUCGCCCUACUGGCCAAAAUCAUCCGGCUGCAGACCAACUACCCCAGUUUGAGAGAACUGCCCACUAAAGUUGAGAAGGAGAAGCUGACAGAGUACGCACUGGAGACGCAGAGAUUCGAAGUGGCCAGACUCACACAUGACGCCUCUGUUCUGGCACAGGGCGUGCUGAUGAUGAAGAAUACGAUGGUGGGUGUGAUCAAGAUAGAUCCGAGACAGCUGCUGGAAGAUGGGAUCCGGAAGGAGUUGGUGGUGCAAGUGGCCAACGCACUCCACUCCACUCUUGUGUUCAAUCCGAAAGCCAAGGUGUCCGAACUGAACACGAAGUUGCCAGAGUUGGCCCAGAAGAUAGAUGGGUUCAGGAGGUCAUUUGAGUACAUUCAAGACUAUGUCAACUUGUAUGGACUGAAGAUAUGGCAAGAGGAAUAUACCAGAGUGAUGCACUACAACGUGGAGCGAGAGUGUAAUGUGUUUCUACGGGUGAAGAUCUCAGACCAGGACAGUCAGUUCCAGUCCUCCACCAUCCCCAUCCCCAAAUACCCUCCGACAGACCAGGACUCGGUCACAUUCGUGGGAAGACUAGGUCGUGAGAUGUUGCGCGUGACAGACUUCAGCAGCACAGUGUACAUUGAGCAGAGUGGGGCGUGGUUCGAUCUGAAGAGUCGGGAGCCUGUGAUGGACACUGUGCUGCUGCAGAAGGUGGUGGAUGGCAUCGGCCCCAUUGGACUGGCCCUCAUCGACAGAUUCUUCUCCUUCAUGCUCCAGAAGAGGCUGGAGAGAGCUUCCAACUUCAUACAGGACAAGGUGAUUUCACAGCAGCUGGUGGUUGAGCACUUGACAGCCACCAUUAAAGGACUGAGUGGAAUUAAGGGAGUGAGUCAAGGCAGUAAAGACCAGCCUUCUAAGAUGCUACUGGCCGCCUUCAACAAACUCAGAAAUUUCAUCCAGCCACUGCUGACAGUGUUGAGCAGGAUGGGUCAGAUACAGCAGCUGAGGAUGCACCUGAACCAGAAGCUGUCUCUCCUCUCCUCCUCCAGAUCCCAAUACCUGCACUCCUGUCUCCUCACUCUCAACAAGGCCAUUCUGCACGACAUAGAAGCACACACUCUCAACCCCAAACACAAGCCAUACCCUAGCGAAGACCCACUGUUAGUUGAUCUGUCGGAGUAUCUGAACCACAGUGGACUGAGUGACCCCCUCAGCAAAGUCUACAUCCUGACUCCGGAUCCCAGCAUGAAGUUCGUACCUGUUAUCACCACCCUGCUAGUGAUCGGACACCUCAACAGGGCAUCUGCCCCCUUCGCCCGCAACAUGGCCACCUUCAUCAACCCCUCCCCCUCCUCAUCGUCUGCAGUGGGCGUCCCAGCCGACUACGCGGACACCCGAAUGUUGCUCCUAGGAGUGCACACAUUCCUCAAGCAGUUCCACAACCAGGUGCUCCUAGAGGUGUUCUCGUACAUGGGCUCAUAUGUGACGUCAUUGGUGUCUCUCUUGCCCUCUGGUGACCCCUCGAAGCCCCUCUCGGAACUUCCUUCUGACCUGUCCCAGGUGCUGCACUUCAUGCGCCAGCUGGCUCUCAUCUCCGACUCCAACGACACUCUCUUGUCCAACUACAUCCCCGCUCAUAUCUUGGAACUGCCUUUACACAUGUGAAGCAUAUGUCCUCCAUCUAUCUUAUCAUAGAUUAGAAAGUUAUAGUUUCAUAACUGAAUAUAUAUUUAAUA